GGCAGAGCCCGGCGCCGCCGCGGGCAGGGCCCGGGCAGAGCCCGGCCCCGCUGCCGCCCUCCCCCCGUGCACACGCACGUCGCACGCUCCGCUCCGCGAACGCCCCUGUCGAAAGCUGUUGCAUCUGCUCCCUCCCCCCGCCUUCUCUGCCCUCCUUCCCCCUUAACGAGAAGAAAACUCGAUUGGAUUUAAUAUAUUUCCUUGGGGUCGGAAGAAACUCCUGCCUGCUAGAUCUGGCUUAGACGCCCGACGGACGAGAUCCUGUGGAUGGUUUAAUAAACUCUGUUCUGCGUCCUGGUGAUUCUGUGGUCCAAGUUCAGAAACUGAUUCAAACUCUGAUGGUGUGAAUUGGCAGUGGUGGAGUGAUUCGGAAUGUUGGCUUUGAAAGCUCAGGGAAGAAGCAGCAGGGAAAAAACAGUAACACAGUGUGCCUGAAAAUGACAACAAAGCGGAAUUUGUUUGUGCGGCUGGUGCCAUGCCGCUGUCUUCGUGGAGAGGAGGAAACAGUCACUACACUUGAUUAUUCUCACUGCAACCUGGAACAGGUGCCUAAGGAGAUUUUGACUUUUGAAAAGACCUUAGAAGAACUCUAUUUAGAUGCUAAUCAGAUUGAGGAGCUUCCAAAGCAACUUUUUAACUGUCAGUCUCUGCACAAGCUGAGUUUGCCAGACAAUGAUCUAACCACAUUGCCAGCAUCCAUUGCAAAUCUCAUUAAUCUCAGGGAACUGGAUGUCAGCAAGAAUGGCAUACAGGAGUUUCCAGAAAAUAUAAAAAACUGUAAAUUCUUGACAGUUGUUGAGGCCAGCGUAAAUCCAAUUUCAAAGCUUCCGGAUGGAUUUUCCCAACUGUUAAACCUAACGCAGCUGUACCUGAACGAUGCUUUUCUUGAGUUUUUGCCAGCCAAUUUUGGCAGAUUAACUAAACUCCAGAUAUUGGAACUUAGAGAAAACCAGUUAAAAAUAUUGCCAAAAACCAUGUCCAGACUGACUCAGCUGGAGAGACUGGACUUAGGAAGUAAUGAAUUCACAGAAGUGCCUGAAGUACUUGAACAACUGAGUGGGUUAAAGGAAUUUUGGAUGGAUGGUAAUAGACUGACACUUAUUCCAGGGUUCAUAGGCACUUUGAAAGAACUGACCUAUUUGGACGUUUCUAAAAACAACAUUGAAGUAGUUGAAGAAGGUAUUUCAGGUUGUGAAGGCCUGCAAGACCUACUGUUAUCCAGUAAUGCACUUCAGCAACUGCCAGAGUCUAUUGGUUCCCUGAAGAAGGUAACAACACUUAAAAUAGAUGAAAACCAGUUAAUUUAUUUGCCAGACUCCAUAGGAGGGUUAAUAUCAGUAGAAGAACUGGACUGUAGUUUCAAUGAGAUUGAAACAUUGCCUUCAUCUGUUGGGCAGCUCUCUAAUAUAAGGACAUUUGCUGCAGAUCAUAACUUUUUAACACAGCUGCCAUCAGAGAUUGGAAACUGGAAGCAUGUAACAGUGUUGUUUCUGCAUUCUAAUAAGCUUGAGUUUCUCCCUGAAGAAAUGGGUGAUAUGCAGAAAUUAAAAGUGAUCAAUCUGAGUGACAAUAGACUGAAGAAUUUGCCAUUUACCUUUACAAAACUACAACAGCUCACCGCUAUGUGGCUAUCAGACAAUCAGUCUAAACCACUUAUCCCUCUUCAAAAAGAAGCUGACCCUGACACGCAGAAAACAGUACUUACUAAUUACAUGUUCCCCCAGCAACCAAGGACUGAGGAUGUUAUGUUCAUAUCUGAUAAUGAAAGUUUCAAUCCAUCUCUGUGGGAGGAACAGCGGAAACAGCGUGCUCAGGUGGCAUUUGAGUGUGAUGAAGACAAAGAUGAGAGAGAGGUACCGCCCCGGGAAGGCAACCUGAAGAGAUAUCCAACUCCAUAUCCUGAUGAACUGAAGAAUAUGGUCAAAACAGUCCAGACAAUUGUACAUAGGCUAAAGGAUGAAGAAUCUACUGAAGACACUGUUGAGGAGUCAAAACGAGAAGGCCAGACAAUUUCUGUAAAAGAUGUGGGAGUAAAGACUUCAGAAGCUGCUUCAAUAAAGAACAAAGCAGAUGAGAGAAAGCAAUAUUCAGCAGGCAGCCCUGUGCAGAAGUCUACUGAACCAGAGGCUGAGCACAGCACCACAAAUUCACACAUGACUGCACUUGUUAAAACCUUGCAGAACACUCAAACAAUUGUCAACGAUGGAGACAUGCUCGAGGAGUCAGAAGAACUCUCCUCUGAUGAUGAAAUGAAAAUGGCAGAAAUGCGACCACCACUGAUAGAAACCUCCAUAAACCAACCAAAAGUGGUAGCUCUUAGCAAUAACAAAAAAGAUGAUUCAAAAUAUGCUGAUUCCUUAUCAGAUGAAGCUACCCACAAUAGCAAUCAGAAUAACAGCAACUGUUCCUCUCCUUCUCGAAUGUCAGAUUCUGUUUCCUUAAAUACUGAAAGUAGCCAAGAUAUUUCUAUCUGCUCUCCAGACAAAGAAACACAUGCUGGUGUUUUAUCCAAGAUCAGGCAAGAAGAUGAAAAUCUGAAUAACCUUUUGCAAAAUGGAGGUGAACUGAGCAUUACAGUAGAAGAAAAAAUAAACGUGCAAGAGAAGGUUACAAAUUUGUCUGAAUAUGAACUAAACAUUGAAGAAAGAUUAGGCCUGAUAGGAAAGGGUGUUGAUCUAAGCACUCCUAUAGAGGAGUCUCACAAAUUAGACCAAAUAAACAUGAAUAUCAAUGAACUGGUUAGUGAAGAGGCAGUGCCAGUUCCUGCAGAAAGGUUAGAAUCACAGGAAAUAGCUUCAGUAAAGGGCUUUUUGAAUAACAACAGGAAAGAAGAAAGUGAGCACUUGGAAAAUGGAAAUAAAUAUCCUAUAAAUAAAGUAAAUGGACAUCCUGAGGAAGCAGUACAGUCUCCCAGUAAAGACAAACUAACAAGAAGCACUACGGUUGAUGGCGAUUCUGCUGAGCUGUCUAUUUCAAGGAGCACUGAAGAUUUGUCCCCACAGAGAAGUGGUCCUGUGAUGAAAUCUCACAGCGUCACCAGUAUGGACACUGGUGGUCUGAAAAUCUACGAUACUGUCAAUGAGAAUGGAUCUCAACAGUCAAACUCGGUGGUAAAAUCAGCAUCUAAUAGUGCAGAUGGAAAAAACAUAGUCCGAAGUAAAUCUGCUACUCUUCUGUAUGAUCAGCCUUUGCAAGUUUUUCCAGGAUCAUCAUCAUCAUCUGACUUAGUAUCUUCUGCAAAAACUGUGUUUAAGUUUGAUUCAAAUCACAAUCCGGAAGAUGCUAAUGUAGCGAGAGGAUCAGUGACGAGUGGUGCACAGAUGUUCUCUGCUCCCCAGUAUAAUAUUCAGUACAGCAGCAGUGCAACAGCAAAAGAUACCUUGUGGCCCCAGAAACAAAAUACCCAAGUAGAACAAGGCAGCUUACCUCCUUCACGUCUGCUUCGGUCUGACAGUACAGAAAACCCCAGCUAUAUAAAGCAUGCUGCCAAUAUGAAUUUCUCCAAUCAUAACAAUGUCCGAGCCAGCACUGUGUAUAAUACCCAUCAACGGAUGGCUGGGAGACAUACAGAUAUGUGGGCUAUUCCACUGAAUGACAGACUGUUCCCAGGAGCAGCCAGACACACUCUUCAAAGGCAGAGCAGUGUGUCUUCUACAGCUUCUAUAAAUGUUGGGGAUACUGGACCUUCAAGGCGGACGCAGGUUCCUGAAGGGGACUAUUUAACAUACAGAGAUUUGCAUUCAGUGGGAAGAGCUCCACCAGUGAUGUCUGGGCAGCAGAGACCUCUUUCUGCCAGGACAUAUAGCAUUGAUGGUCCAAAUGUACCUCGACCACAGAGUGCUCGGCCAUCAGUGAAUGAAAUACCAGAAAGGACUAUGUCAGUUAGUGACUUCAAUUACUCACGGACUAGCCCUUCAAAGAGGUCAAACCCAAGGGUUAGCUCUGAGCACUCUUUAUUAGAACAUCCAGGAAAAAGUAAAGUCCCUCAUGACUGGAGGGAACAGGUGCUGCGACAUAUUGAGGCUAAAAAGCUAGAAAAGAGCAUGCUGUCUAGGUCCUUUAAUUCCAAUUACGCUGCAGUUAGCAGCUUUCACUAUGGCAGCUCUAGGGAUCUGCAUGGCAGCCAGGGUAGUGUUGCCUUGAGUGUUGCAGACGGAAGAGGUUCUGGUGUGCACAUUGUUCGACAUCCCCAGGCUUCUACUCCAGGAGACCAAUGCCAGGAUGAAGUAUUCAUUUCAGGACAGCAGAAUUACUCAUCUGCCACACUUAAUCUCAAAGAUGUUCCUCUAGACAGCAUGAAAAAAAUAGCUGUGCAGUUACCUUUGACAAAUGGACAAAUGUGCCAGCCUCAGAGACCUCAGACAAACUACAGCCAAGUCCAUCAUCUCCCUCCUCAAUCAUCAGUAGCAAGACAUCCGUCUAGGGAGCAAUUAAUUGAUUACCUGAUGUUGAAAGUUGCCCACCAUCCUCCCUAUGCCCCGUCCCAGUGUUCUCCCAGACAAAGCCAUGAGUUGGCAAAGCAAGAGAUUCGAGUGAGAAUUGACAAGGAUCCAGAACUUGGAUUUAGUAUAUCAGGAGGUGUUGGUGGUAGAGGGAAUCCAUUCAGACCUGAAGAUGAUGGUAUAUUUGUAACCAGAGUGCAACCAGAAGGACCAGCAUCUAAGUUGUUGCAGCCUGGAGAUAAAAUAAUUCAGGCUAAUGGAUACAGCUUCAUCAAUAUUGAUCAUGGACAAGCAGUAUCUUUGCUAAAGACUUUUCAGAAUGCAGUGGAACUCAUCAUUGUGCGAGAAGUUUCUUCAUAAAUACUGUGGAUUGGGGGAAAAGCUGGCAGGAUUCAUUGAAGCAGUUACAUGAAACUGAAUAUUUUGCCUAUUUUUAUACAUGAAAGGAGCUUGAAAAGAAUUAUGAUCAAAAUUUGUACAGAAAAUACUGAACUUGUGGUUAAAGGGGGAAAAACCACUGUAUAGAACAUACAGGAAAUAAUUUUGGAAAUGCAUAUGGUAAAUAAACUUGUUUUUAAGCAUUAUAGCAAUCUAAGGAUCACUCCUCCAAGAACAAACCUGUGUUGUUUUUUUGUACAGAUGGUAGGUUUAUUUUUGGAUAAUUCAUACACAUUACCAAACUUUGUGCAACACUCUGCAAAGCCUUGGUUGUAGCCAAGGGGCAGAUGGCAGGGCUGUCUGUCCUGUAGCUGUUUAUUGCCUUUAUUUUUAUUCACCAGAUAUUCAUGUGUUACGCUGAAACCACUUCUGUAGAUAUGGACAGGAGAUAUGAAAUGUUGGCUUUGCUAUGUGCACAUUGUAUAGAUGAAUGGGUAGAUGGAAGGUGGUGCUGGUUGGACAGAAUAAAGGUCAGGUGAAACGAUUAUCUGCUAUCCAAAUUUGGAAUCAGGAAAGCAGAAAAAGUGUUUAGUUCUGGAGUGUUACGUCUACCAAUAGAAAAUGCAACAAAAGCUUAUGGUGAUUUUUAGGAAGAUUGUAACUACAAAUUUGUGAUAUUCUACAGGAUUUGUUCUUAUUGUAGUCAUGGAAUAUUCAUUUGCCACAUGUGAUUCAUGUUUAGUUGGGUUUUCUUGCAUACAUAAUCUUUUCAACUGUACUGUGGAAAUGUGCCCAGAGGUUUUUCUCUGCCAUGGAAAUCCCCAAUUUUGUGCAAAUGGUGAUACUUUCAUCUUUAUAAAAAGUAUUCCAUUUAACUUUAUAGAUUUAAAAAAUGAAACUGAAAUGGCCAGUUUUUAAGGUUGUUACCUGUAAUGUAUAUCUAAACAAACACAACAGAGUAAAUUAUGCAGGAAGGGUUAUGAAAAACAUCUUGAUAUUGUUUGGCCUUUGCACUGCCUUGUUAAUCAAAAAGGAAACCAUACGCAUGGAGCUAGGUAACCAAAGCAAGUUUGUGAAACUUUGAACAGUGGUGGAGAAUUGCUGUGGUGAGAUGAAGAGCAAAGGGAGGGUGUACUAACAACCCACCGGUUCGUAAUGAAGUUUCUUAAAGGGCUGUUCCUACAGGUAACAUUAAAUGUGAACUAGACACUUCAGAGUCAUUAAAGGGUUUCUAACUAUAUUAAUGUAAUAGUGAUUUACCACAGGCUGCCUUUGUUCCUUAUUACUGUAUAAAAUAUUCAAUUUUGCUUCUAUUAAUUUUGUUUACCAGAAACAUUAUUUUUCUCUUUCUGCUUUGUAAUUGAAUAAAGACUGCAUAAUCUGCAGUGGUAAUUAAUACACGGUUGUUACGGACCAGGGAAAAGUGCCAUAGAAGACCAAUAACUGUUCUUAAUCAGGGCUGUGAUUAGCCUGUCAUUGGAGCAAUAUUCAGUUAUUGCAGUUCAUUUUUAAUUACGUAUAAGUUGAUAGUUUGAAACAGGUAUAAGUUGCUUUUUUCAACCCAUGUGUAUCAAAGUAAAUGCUUUUAAUAAAGCUAGCAAAAACACCAGCCUCCUUUAGUUUUGAGACAAUGACCUGGAAGGGAGAGGAAUUACAGAUAGUUAGCGAUCUAAACAGGCAGUACUUCAGUACUUUUUCAAUAAGUGAACUCCAAUAUUAUUGCACUUCUUUCAAAGAUGUUGACUAUUGCUUAUUGUACUGUGUAUAGUUCUAAUAAUUUUAACUGAAACCCUUUAACAACUCUUUGUAUAUUAUUUUUAGUUGAUUUUCAGUAAUAUUUACAUAGAAAAUGAUUUUUUUGAUAUAUUAGCAGAAGUGUGCUGUAUUUUGAUAAAAUUCACUUAUUUUCUGUGUGCUGUUAAUCUUCAAAGAAAAGAAUGAGAAACAUAGCUAUAUAAUGACAGGAUUCAGUGUUCCCCUUCUAGGACACGUUUUGUUGUUUUCUAGUUUCUAUUUUUUUAUUGAAAAUGCAAAAUGUUCACAUCACAUGUUCAUUACUUUGAAUCACGUUAUUUUUACCACACACUGCCUUUCAAAGGGAAUGCAUACAAACAAAUCCUAAAUUUCCUUGGUCUUCUACAUAACCUGUAUCUUUGUGAAGGGAAAAGUCCAAAAAGCAGAACUGAUUCUUUACUGAUCUUGGACUGACUUUGUAUACAUUUUGUAGUACAUUUAAAUAUAUCACUGAGGAAUUAUACUGUAUUGUAUUUUGCUUUAAUCAUAACAGACGUUUUAAAUGCUGUUAUGUCACUUAAUUUUCAGAUUUAUGUAUCACAGGAAAAUUCUACCAAAAACUGUCUGGCUGUGGUAGAACUGCAGAAGUAGAAAUUUAUAGCAUGAAGUUUAGUACUUCUUGUGGAAAUACUUGGCCAAAGCUUGUCUUCAGUAAAUUAGCAAAUUAACUAUCUAAUAAAACACGGAUUAUUCUGAUUUUACUCAGUAAAUAUUGGAGUUUUCAGUGGACUGAAAUGUGUUUGUUCCUUCAGUGUCUGGGUGCAGAGAUAAACACAUGUCAAACUAGAUGAUCUUGCAGAGAGUGGGAGAAGGAUGUCUCCUUAACUACUUCUGACAGGAUUCAGUGGGAGGAGAGACAAUAUCAGCACUUUUCAUUUUGAAUGCAUCUUAAACUACAUUUUGAAUAGAAUAAAAUUCAUCAGCAGCCUAAGUUAUACAGCAUGGCAAUGAGUUGAUAAAAGCUCUUAAUUCUUUCUAUUCUUAAUAGUUCAUUAAAGAAUCAGUUCAACGGAUAUAAUGAAAAGAUGAAGUCUCCCACCUAUUUAUUUAUGUAAAUAUUUUUCAGGGUUUUUUUAGACUGGAGUUAAAAAAAUGUGUAUAUACUUGAAAGCAUUCUAUGAACACAAACAUAGCAAUAAGCAACACACAGAAUCAAACCUUUAUGAUUGUUUUGGUUUUGUUUAGAAAUACUCCCUUGUCAACAGCUAUGAAAUGUUUUUAUUGAUCAGCAUUUAUUUGACAUUCCAAAUUUUUGUAUAUAAUUAGACUGUUUCCGAGGUAACACAUGGAGAAUAGAUAAUAAACUAAUGCUCUUUAAAACAGUGUGUAAUUGACUCAUUUAAGUUCUAGGAAAUUCUCCAUAACACUUUUAUUCUUCUGUAGACCUUAGUACUCUAUCAAUAUACAUUAGUUAAGUCUUAUUCGUGUUUCUGGCUCUGUGCAUCUCAGUUCCCAGAGGUCUGCUCUAGGCGAUUUCAUUGCAAGACUGUGUUAUUCACAAUAAAGAAAUACUACUGUGAAUAACCCAGUCUAGCAAUGAAAUCAGCUAGGGUAGCCAGUGGCUUCUCUCCUAGAGAAAUGAGUGGUCUUUAUCUGAUCCAAAUGAAAUAGUUUCAAUAGCAGAGAGGGGUGACUAAGUCAAGGAGCCCGCUGAAACUAACAGCAUCUUGAGAGCGCUCUGGUGAGACGCACGAGGGUUAUGUGGUAAAGAAAGUGAAGAGAUAGGCACAGAAUUUCACAGGAGAGGUAAAUGCAGGUUUGCAUGCAGUUUUCUUGGAAACCACCUGACAAUGUAGUAACACAAACUGUUUUGUCCUUUUUUCGCUUGUAAAUGUGGAUCUGGUAUAUCAGUAUCACUUACUACUUGACUUCCUACUUCCUUUACAGAGAAAACUGAAUAACUGUACAGGCUACAGCCCUAAUGACCCUGGAGUAUUGGGCCGCUCCCUGUGUAAGGAGUUCUGUAUCUGCUACCUGAUUGGCCUUUGAAAUUUUUUCCCCCUUCAUCUUUUCUUUGUGAGCUCUCUUGUUGAAUACCUUUUUGUUGCCUUUUCUGCAUCAGACUUCAAAUUUAUUCCUUCCCAUUUAGCAGGAUUAUUUUUUAUGUUCCUGUGCAAUAGAGCUUUUGUUCUCCUACUUUAUUUCGUAACUCAAUGGUUUACUUCUUCAUUAAGCACCUGAGAAUGCUGGGUUCAACUUGGACUUUUCUGACUGGAGGCACUCUUUUAGAGAGUGUGUUUUUGGUAUAUUAUCUCUGUUGUCUUGGAUUAAAUUCAAUUUUGGAACAUGUCCAGAAUAUUCUGUUGCAGCUUCUAUGAGAAUACCUUGAAAUUGGGGUUCCACUACACCAAACAUGACAACUGCACUGUAAGAUCACCCCUGCCUGGAAGAGUUGUUCCCAUGUGUAGAACUGAAGUAGCCAGAGCAAGAGAAGUGAAAAUUUCUAUUUAAGAUCAUACACUGCCCAGCUGAAGUCAGAAAAAACCUCAGAUGUAAGGAUCAUCAGUUCAAUGCCUUGCUUAGGCAAUAUGCUACCUAUUGUCCUGCAGCAUUGAUGAAUUCUUGGCUGAAGUGUAUACAAUUUGGCUAGAAACUGAUUAUUUGAUAUAGUGUCUGAAUUCAUCUUGGCCAGUUUUGUGUGGUUCUAUGAUCUCUCAUAGUCUGUGUACUUGGAGCCAUAUUUUUGUCAUGAACAAGGAUAUUCUUUCAGUAAGUUUUCCUUGUGGCAUGUAUUAGGAAAAAAAAACAAAAACAAACCAACAACAACAAAAAGAAACAAAAAGAUCAAACAACAGAAGAAACAACUUUCUCAAAAUCUUCCUUACUCAAUUUUUGCUACCCAGUUGGGUAUAGCUGAUUUUAGGAACUUUUUUCAAGUUACAGUAUCAAAUAAUUUCUGUCCUUCUGGCCUUCAAGAAUUAUCUUUCCCAGAAGCCUGCCUGAAUAAGUCAAUUUAAGUAAUUUUUGAGAUCCUCUGAGUAGAUCAGUUGUUUUAAAUGCACUUACGUAGGAAAUUAAAGAACUGCUGGAGCACUCUGUAUAGUUUUCAUUUAAAAAGACAAAUUUGCAUCUGCCCUCUGAAAACAAAUGUUGGAACAUACGCUCCAACCAGAACAAGUAUACUUUCUGAAAUAAAACUUUCCUCUUAUUAAGGAAACUAGAAGUAUUUUACAAGAUAAUUGGUUUGGGUCAGAGGCUUGCUCAUAAAUGGCUGAUUCUGCAUCUAAAAAAGCCUAUCAUUAGUUACAUGUUUUAGUUCUUUCUUUGGAAAACUGUGAGUCUAAGAACCUAUCCUGUAAGAUGAAAAAAGCAGACAAAUCAUGAUUGCAGUAACUAAUUUAGAUAGCUCAAUGUAAAUAACGUCUAUCUUUAUUCUUUUAUUGCUCUUUGAAUGAAGUUUGGACCUACAGUAACUUGAAUAUUUUCUCAGCAAUAAUUACUCUAUCCAUGAGGACUGUAUCAAAUGAUGCUGGCCCGAAGUGCCUCUGUGCCGUGAGAGAAUCUCAGACCAUGCAAGUUCUCUGUUUCUGGGGGGUUUAGGGGCUUUUUUGGUGUUUUUUCACUCUUCAGAAACAGGGUAAGCCUGUAAGUUUUUAAGCUGCCUUCAACACAAGAAAAAAACCCCAACUCUUACUUUAAAUUAUUGGUUAAUGCCAAAUGAAGGUCGAGUUGUGCCUUGCAACUUGGAUUUGAAAGUAAACAAUCAACAAGAAAAUCUUACUGCCACAGCAGGUGAUUUUGGAAAAACUGGGUCUGUCCUUACUUGCUCCACGGAAUUAUAUCUUAAGUGACAUCUUGUAUGUUCUCACUACAUUUUAGAUUUAAGAGUGUGUUCGCAUUUGUCAGGCAUGAUUGAACCUAAUGCGCUGUUCUACUAAAGCAUGGAUUCAUACUUACCACAGCAUUUGUGAUGACAGAGGUCAUUUAGGUAGUUCUUGCUUAGCCCAUGUAGCAAUGAAGGUUAUUCAGGAAUUUAUAAUUUAAUACUUGGACUGACAGUUGCUAAAUGUUUCACUAAGCAGAAUGAUCUCCGAUGUACAGAAGUAUUACUGCACCCAGCUGACAGAAGCAUUAUGUACUUAAAAGGCAGUUGUUUCUAGGCUUGGGAACCUACUGUUUUUAAUUUAUGUUCUUAUUCAUCCUCAACAAGUAAGCAAUAAAUACGUGAUUUAAUUUUC